UCUGCGCGCUUCCGACUCUCGCCUGCCCGCGGCCGCCAUUAGAGAAGCGAGGCGAGAUUGAGGGGGGAUUGAAAAAAAACAUUGGCCGAAAUAAGGCUCUGAGGGGAGGGAGCCGUCCGACACAACCCGAAUAUUGAGAGGGGAAAGCGGGGAAACGGCGGCGGCGGCGGCAUGGGGGAGACCCGCUGAAGGAGACGGCCGAGUCAGCGAAGGCGGCGGCGGCUGCGCAGGAGGAGGAAGGCGGAGAAGGGCAUCCGGCGCUCAGGAUGCCUCGGCUGGGAAGCCGCCGACAGAGGCACCGCUGAGGGAAGAAGAAGAAGGAGAGACGCCGAGGAAGCGAAGAGAGGAAACGCUGCGCCGGCGGAGAGGGGGCCCUGGAUAUAUUCACACACACACCCCCCCCCCCGCUCCCGAAGUCGUCUCCUCGGUCCUCACCUGUCAAAAGCCUUCGCGGGGAGGGGUGGAAGCCCCAGAGCCCCAAAUCGCCUCAGGAAUUUUAAUUUUAAGGACAAAAAAGAGGGUCUCUUCGUCUUCCUACUCCCGGGGAGGCCCGAGACGUUUAUUUAUAUUGGAAAAAGUCUUAAAAAAAGGAAAGUCUAUAAAUCCUCCCCUCUUAUUUUGAGGGGGGGGCAACCCCUCUCGCUGGGGGUCUCUCACCUCAAACGUCUCUGGAGGAUCAAUCAAUAAAUAUCUGGAAAGGAGAAGAGAUUCUCCCCCCCCCCUCUCCCAAUAUCACUUCUGAAAGGGGGGAAAGAGCAAGAACAAUUCCAGUGGCUGGUCGUUAUUCCAGAUUUUCUUUCCUCUUUUGUUUUUUGUUUUUAAAUACAUAGUAACCAGAGGAAUUUCCCCCUCUUUCAGUUUAUCUUCCCAGGUGCAAAGAAGAAGAAGAAAAAGUUUCAUUGGGGUGUUUUUUUUUUUUGAAGAGGGGGGAUCUUGAGGAAAGAAGAAAAGGCUUGUGAAAGAAAACUUAAAUUUGGCUCCAGUGCCUGGAAAAAACAAGGGGCAAAGUUAGAGGAAUUACCAAGAAAGAAAGAAAAACUUGUUUCCAGUACUUAUUACUUGGGAGAGAGGGUGGGGGGAAAGCUAAUUUUUCCUCCCACCACAACAACCAACUCCUGCAGGAAUUCAUUUGGGGGAAAAAAGCCUAAAUCAAAGACCCUUGGCGAUUACUUUGAUUUUUGUAUCAUUUUGGAAGAAGAUAUUUUUCUUUUUUUCUCCCUUUAAAAAAAGGAAGUUUCUUGGCCUCUUGGUUUGCAGAAAGGAAAUCAAGGGGAGCCGAAUUAGUUGCUUCCUAUCUGGGGGAAAAAAAUCUUCACUUUCCCAAAGUUAUUUUUGGGGAAGUGGGUGGUGGAGGAGAUUUGGUUUGGUUUCUCCUCUUUUGGAAGAGUAUUUUUUGGUGAGGUGGGGGAGCAAGGAAUCCACCCCCGUUUUUUUAUUUUUAUUUUCAUCGAGGCUUGAAGGGAUCUACUGUAUCCAGGGACAAGGAAGGCUUUUUGGGGGAGUUUAAUUUUGUUUUUUUUAAAAAAAUCGCAAGAGAAUAGGAAAAAUGUGAUUCCUCUCCCCUCUCCCCAGCCUUGGAAAAGCGUCUGAAUUUGAGUUGGAAAGAAAUCACCUUCCUGGAAAUUGACUUCUUUUCUUUUGCUCUCCCGACUCCACUAUUUGCAAAAAGAAAAGAAGAAGAAAAAAGCAGCAAAGGAAAAGACUCCUUUCACCCGGACUCGAAAACCAAACACCCAAGCCCUGGAUUUUCGCUUCCAUGGGAAGUCGGAAGAUUUUCAAGGCGGCUCCUUAUUAAAAAAAACAAAAAGAGACGGAGGAAAAACAAAAACGAGACUUGGGUGUCCCCUUCCCCCCCCCCCACUUAAGGAAGCCGAAGGGAAACCCGGGGCUGGCAAAAAGAAGUCGCGACGACGGGGCCGACUCCAAAGUGGAAGUUCCCUCCUCCUGCGGGGUUCCCCGAUCGUCCGAACCGGGCCAGCGGCCGGGGAGACCCGAGCCAGUUGGGGAGAAGAACGGCGGAGAGGCUCGGGCCCAGCUGCCUUCGGCUCGCCUUGCUUUUCACCCCGACGCCGCCGCCGCUGCUCUUCUCUCUCUCUCUUUCUCUCUCCCUCUUUCGCGUGUGUCUUUCUUGCCAAUCCAGGGUGACGGGAGAAAAACGAGGCGCUAAAAGGGAGCAAGCGGACUCGAUUCCUGGAUUACUUCACACCCGCCCUUCUCCUCCUCCUCCUCCUCUUCCUUUCCCCUCCUCUCUUUCGCUUGCUGGCUGGCUGAAGAUCGUAAAUCUCUCGCCUUUUGCCAGCCCUUUUGGAUUCUCUAUUUCCCCCCCCCCCCACCUUUUCCACCUCCAGCCUUCGCCGGCCUUCUCCUUGCGCGGAUUUCUCUUUAUACCUUUUUGCCUGGCCGGGAGGCGUUGAAAUUUCUUUUCCUUCCUUCCUUCCUUCCUUUCUUUCCCUAGGGUUAGCUUAUUUCUUCCUGCUCCGGGCAGCCCCGUCACCCCUUCUUUUUCUCUCCCUGCAGUGCGUGUGUGUGUUUUAGAAAAGGAAUAGGCCCGUUCUCUCUCUCUCUCUCUUUCCCUCCCCCCCCAUCACACCGCCCCAUCCCUCCCUCCCUUUGAUUGUGUCUCCCUCCUUCUCGGUCUGGUGUGUGUGUCGCUUGCUCUCUCUCGCUCCUGUCUCUUUUCUUUCUUGUCGGAGGCUUGUGGGAUAAUGGCGUGCGGGUUGUGGCUGUGAGGAUGAGUUCCAGCUUCGUGCCGAACGGGGCCAGCCUGGAAGAUUGCCAUUCCAACCUUUUCUGUCUGGCUGACUUAACUGGGAUUAAAUGGAAACGAUACGUAUGGCAGGGCCCAACGUCUGCUCCGAUUCUUUUCCCUGUAACGGAAGAAGAUCCCAUCUUAAGCAGUUACAGUCGUUGCCUGAAGGCCGAUGUCUUGAGUGUAUGGCGACGAGACCAAAGGCCUGGGCGCAGAGAGCUAUGGAUCUUCUGGUGGGGUGAUGACCCCAAUUUUGCAGACCUAAUUCAUCAUGACCUAGCAGAUGAGGAAGACGGUGUAUGGGAAAAUGGGCUUUCCUAUGAAUGCCGAACUCUGCUCUUCAAAGCAAUUCACAACCUAGUGGAAAGAUGCUUAAUGAACCGGAAUUUCGUCCGUAUUGGGAAGUGGUUUGUGAAGCCUUAUGAGAAAGAUGAAAAACCUAUCAAUAAAAGUGAGCACUUGUCUUGCUCGUUCACCUUCUUCUUGCACGGGGACAGCAACGUUUGCACCAGCGUGGAAAUAAACCAGCAUCAACCUGUGUACUUCCUGAGUGAAGAACAUCUCACCCUCGCCCAGCAGUCCAACAGUCCUUUUCAAGUUAUUCUGAGUCCAUUUGGAUUAAAUGGUACACUCACGGGGCAGUCGUUCAAGCUGUCGGACUCCGCUACGAAGAAGCUGAUUGGCGAAUGGAAGCAGUUCUAUCCAAUCACGUCCAACUUGAAAGAGGGACUGGAAGAAAAGCAGGAGGAGAUGGAUUGGGAAGAUGACUCUCUAGCUGCUGUGGAGGUCCUUGUUGCUGGUGUGCGAAUGGUCUACCCAGCCUGCUUCGUUCUGGUUCCUCAGACAGACAUUCCCGUUCCUAGCACUGCUGGUGCAAGCAACUGUUUGGGUGUCCAUCAAGUGCCUGUUUCCACGAGAGAUCCAGCUAUUUCCUCAGUUACUCUCACGCCACCGACCUCCCCAGAAGAAGUUCAGACAGUUGAUGCUCGUUCAGCUCAGAAGUGGGUCAAGCUGUCUUCAGUUUCCGAUGUGUUCAGUUGUGACAGCACUAAUCACCACGGGGGGAGGAUCCCUCGAAAGCUGGCCAAUCAGGUGGUUGACAGAGUUUGGCAAGAAUGCAAUAUGAACAGAGCACUGACCAAAAGGAAGUAUUCUGCUACAUCAAAUGGCUUAUGUGAAGAGGAGACGAUUGAGAAAAUGGGAUUUUGGGACUUCGUUGAAGCUGCACAGAGGGCCAAUUGCACAUGUUCCAGGCACAAAAGUCUCAAACCGAGGCUCGCAGUUCAGCAGGGGCCGGUGCCUCCCGCCGGCCAGCAACCCCAGCCAGCGACCAAGCACAAGGCCAACGAGAAGCAAGAGAAAGGAGACAAACCCCAAAAACGUCCCUUAACCCCGUUUCACCAUCGAGUGUCCAUCAGCGACAAGGUUAUCCUGGAGGCCGACUCCGCCAAUCAGCGGCUGGUAAUCCCCACUACCGACAGCCAAGUGAGGUUUUCAAACCUCAGAACUAACGAGGUCGCAAAGACACCUCAGAUGCACCCCGCGGAAAUUGCCAGUUCCCCGCAGCCACCGCCCCUCAGUCCCCACCCAUGCGAUGCGGCGGAGGAGGGGGCAACCAAAACGCCUUCCACGCCCCAGAGCCAACAUUUCUAUCAAAUGUCGACUCCCGAUCCUUUGGUUCCUUCAAAAGCCAUGGAAGAUAGGAUAGAAGGGUUAUCCCAGAAUUUCCCAGCUACGUUUCCCGAUGUCGUAGAGCCCACCAUGUACGUCGGCGCCGCAGUGAACUUGGAGGAAGAAGACGCAGAUUCCAUGUGGAAAUAUUACAAGGUUCCAAAGAAAAAAGACGUGGAUUUUUUGCCGCCGCCUUUGCCGAGUGAAAAAUUUCGGGACGAGCCCAUGGGAUCUGCCGCAUCGGACAAUGUACCUUCAGCUACAGAAUUAAUGUUGCAAUAUAGGAAACCUCUCAAGGUCUCCGAUGAAUUGAUCCAGCAGUACCAGAGCAAGAACCAAUACCUAGCAGCUAUAGUAGCUGACCAGGAGCUUGAGAUGGACCCAUAUGCAUUUGUUGAUGGAGAUGAAGAGUUCCCAUUUCCCGAUAAAAAGGACAGGCCAAACAAUGACCGAGAAAUUGGGAAAAAACAUAAGCCUGACGAUGGAACACCUGGUGUUGGAGAAGAUGCAAUGUCACUUUUUAGCCCUUCAGUCAAACAAGCAAUAGAUGCGCAGCGUAAUCCCCCUCACAACCGCACGGCUUCAACUAGUUUGUUCCAUGAAAACGACCUGGUUGUCUCCUAUACUGACCUUGAUAAUCUCUUCAACUCUGAUGAAGACGAGCUAACCCCGGGAUCUAAAAGAAUAUUGAACGGAACAGACGACAAGUCUAGUUGCAAAGAGUCAAAAGCUGGAAACCUGGACCCAUUGUCAUGCAUAAGUACAGCUGAUCUUCAUAAAAUGUAUCCCACGCCACCAUCCUUGGAGCAACACAUUAUGGGAUUUUCUCCCAUGAAUAUGAACAACAAGGAGUACGGCAGCAUGGACACCACCCCCGGAGGAACCAUCCUCGAAGGAAACGGUGUGACUGGUGGCCUUCAGUUCAGGAUUGAAGUAGACGAGGGAUUCUGUAGUCCAAAACCCACAGAAAUAAAGGAUUAUUCCUAUGUUUAUAAGCCCGAGAACAGUCAAGCUUUUAUGGGAUGUUCCAUGUUUGCUCCACUGAAGACUCUCCCGAGCCACUGUCUCCCUGCCAUCAAACUGCCAGAGGAGUGUGUUUAUCGGCAGAGUUGGACUGUUGGCAAGUUGGAUUUGCUUCCGCCAGGACCCACAAUGCCAUUCAUUAAAGAGGGGGACGGGAGCACCGUUGAUCAAGAGUAUGGCCCUGCCUACACUCCGCAGACACAUACCCCCUUCGGUAUGCCCCCCAGCAGCGCCCCGCCAAGCAAUAGCGGCGCUGGGAUCCUUCCUUCCCCUUCCACCCCCCGCUUCCCAACUCCCCGGACUCCAAGGACGCCUCGGACUCCCCGCGGGGCGGGUGGGCCAGCAAGCGCGCAAGGCUCCGUCAAGUAUGAGAAUUCCGAUUUGUACUCGCCAGCCUCGACCCCAUCCACCUGCAGGCCCUUAAACUCGGUUGAGCCGGCGACGGUCCCGUCAAUUCCCGAGGCGCACAGCCUCUAUGUGACCCUCAUUCUGUCCGAAUCGGUGAUGAAUCUUUUCAAAGACUGUAACUUUGACAGCUGUUGCAUUUGCGUUUGCAACAUGAACAUCAAAGGUGCUGACGUUGGAGUUUACAUUCCAGACCCAACCCAGGAAGCCCAGUACAGGUGCACGUGUGGAUUCAGCGCGGUCAUGAACCGGAAAUUUGGCAACAGCUCGGGAUUGUUCCUCGAGGAUGAGUUAGACAUCUUGGGCCGCAAUUCGGAAUGCGGCAAAGAAGUGGAGAAACGCUUCGAGGCCCUUCGCACGGCUUCCGUCGAGCAGAGUGGAAGCUUGAAGGAGGCGGACCGGCUUCCCGACGAGCUGAUACUUUUGUUGCAAGACCAGUGCACCAACUUGUUUUCGCCGUUUGGAGCGGCAGAUCAAGACCCCCUGCCCAAAGUCGGCGCCACGGGCAAUCUGGUGCGGGCCGAGGAAAGAGACUGUUGCUACGACUGCUAUCUCGCAUUGGAACAUGGACGCCAGUUUAUGGACAACAUGUCCGGAGGGAAGGUUGACGAGGCGCUUGUGAAGAGUACUUGUUUGCAUCACUGGUCGAAACGAAAUGUUGUAGACGUGAGCAUGCAGUGUUCUCAGGACAUCCUUCGCAUGCUGCUCUCGCUCCAACCAGUUCUUCAGGAUGCCAUUCAGAAAAAACGAACGGUUCGAUCUUGGGGUGUACAAGGGCCCCUCACGUGGCAACAGUUUCAUAAAAUGGCUGGACGAGGCUCUUACGGAACCGAUGAGUCUCCUGAACCACUGCCCAUUCCAACCUUCUUGUUGGGGCACGAUUAUGACUUCUUGGUGCUGUCGCCUUUUGCCUUACCAUAUUGGGAGAGGCUAAUGCUGGAGCCCUACGGAUCUCAGAGGGACAUCGCCUACGUGGUGGUGUGUCCGGAGAACGAAGCGCUGCUGAACGGAGCAAAGAACUUCUUUCGAGACCUCACUGCAGUAUACGAGUCCUGCAAACUCGGCUUGCAUCGGCCCAUCUGCAAAGUCUUGCCCGACGGGAUCAUGCGAGUGGGAUCCACUGCUUCAAACAAACUCUCCGAGAAGUCGGUGGCUGAGUGGUUCUCGCAGACGGCUCAUGCCAACAAGGAAUCGUUUUCCAGGCUCAAACUCUACGCUCAAGUCUGCAGAUACGAUCUGGGUCCUUAUCUUGCUACACAGCCAUUGGACAAUUCCUUGCUUUCCCAGUCCAACCUCGCUCCUCCCACCAGCCAUCCUGCUUCCAUCCAGCCUCAGGUUGCAGGCAGCUGCACUCCAUCCUCCACCUCCAGUAAUGCUGCUGUCCCGAUGAAUUCGAGCAGCGCCAUCACCUCCGCUACCACCACUGCCAGCUCCACCUUGACCACAACCGCUGCUUCAUCCUCUUCUUCCAGCCUGGGCAGUGCGAUGCCAGCCAGCAAGGCCUCUUCGUUUCCACCUUUUGGCAACAUGAACAAUGCAGCCCCUUCCUCCCUUUCCACGCAGAGCACGGCCGUCCAGAAUGGGCAGGCAGGGAUACAGCACCCGCAGCAAACAGCAGGGAUAACCGGGGAGGUCUUACCUGCCCUGACGCAGCCGCAUCCGGAGGUUUCCGAAAGCACUAUGGAACGGGACAGAGUCGGGAUCCCCACCGAUGGUGAUUCCCACGCAGUCACCUACCCGCCUGCCAUUGUCGUUUACAUUGUGGAUCCUUUCACGUAUGAAAAGAAAGAAGAGAACAGCUCCUCAAAUGUCUGGACUCUUGGUCUUCUCCGCUGCUUUCUAGAAAUGAUCCAAAACCUUCCUCCUCACCUUAGAAGCAUCGUGGCUGUUCAGCUUGUUCCUUGUCAGUAUCUGCUGCAACCCGUCAAGAACGAAGACAGGCAGAUUUACACCCAGCACUUAAAAUCCCUGGCAUUUUCCGCCUUUACCCAGUGCCGAAGACCUCUCCCCACGUCCACCAAUGUGAAAACAUUAACAGGGUUUGGCCCGGGCUUAGCGGUGGAAAUGGCACUCAAAAGUCCUGAUAGACCUGAGUGUAUUAAACUCUACGCUCCACCUUUCAUCCUGGCUCCUGUCAAAGAUAAACAGACUGAGCUGGGGGAAACAUUUGGCGAGGCCGGGCAAAAAUACAACGUGCUUUUUGUGGGCUACUGUCUGUCUCACGAUCAAAGGUGGCUCCUUGCAUCCUGCACAGAUCUCUACGGAGAACUUCUGGAAACCUGCAUCAUAAACAUUGACGUACCGAACAGGGCUCGUAGGAAAAAAGGAUCUGCUCGUAGGCUCGGUCUUCAGAAACUCUGGGAGUGGUGCUUGGGUCUUGUCCAGAUGAGUUCUGUGCCCUGGAGAGUUGUAAUAGGACGUCUCGGAAGAAUCGGCCAUGGGGAGCUGAAAGAUUGGAGCUGUUUAUUGAGUCGCCGGAACCUGCAGUCUCUUAGCAAGAGGCUCAAAGAUAUGUGCAGGAUGUGCGGGAUUUCUGCUGCUGAUUCUCCCAGCAUCCUCAGUGCUUGCUUAGUGGCUAUGGAACCUCAAGGAUCUUUCGUGAUCAUGCCAGACUCCGUAUCCACUGGCUCAGUGUUUGGACGCAGCACCACCCUAAACAUGCAGACCUCCCAGCUCAACACCCCCCAGGACACUUCGUGCACUCAUAUACUCGUGUUCCCCACCUCUGCGUCCGUGCAGCUGGCACCAUCCACCUACACCACUGAAACUGGUUUGGAACUGGCCUUUAAUCCGAACAAUGAUGGAGCGGAUGGAAUGGGAAUCUUUGAUUUGCUGGACACUGGGGAUGACCUGGAUCCUGAUAUCAUAAGCAUCCUUCCUGCGUCCCCAACGGGAUCCCCUGUUCACUCACCAGGUUCUCACUUCACCCAUGGAGGUGAUAUGGGCAAGGGUCAAGGUACAGACCGGCUGCUCUCCACCGAAUCCCACGACGAAGUCCCCAACAUCCUGCAGCAGCCGUUGGCCCUCGGCUACUUCGUCUCCACCGCUAAAGCAGGUCCGUUGCCUGACUGGUUUUGGUCGGCCUGUCCUCAAGCACAAAAUCAGUGUCCCCUGUUUCUUAAGGCUUCUUUGCACCUCCACGUGCCUUCAGUGCAAUCGGACGAGCUACUUCACAGCAAACACUCCCACCCUCUUGACUCGAAUCAAACUUCCGACGUCCUCAGGUUUGUGUUGGAACAGUACAAUGCACUCUCUUGGCUCACCUGUGACCCUGCGACCCAGGACCGGCGGUCGUGUCUCCCAAUUCACUUUGUGGUGCUGAAUCAGUUGUAUAACUUUAUCAUGAACAUGCUGUGAUCUUUAUCCCAAACCGAGCGAGACGAAGAACAGACAACAACAACCGGAAAAAAAAAAAGGGAAAAAACCAGAAUUCCACCGAAAAGGACUCGAGUUAAUUCUUCUCUGUAACGUCAUUUUUUUUGUGAUGGAGGGAAGUGGGGGAGGCUGUUAAUCAUCCUUCAUUGGUUUCAAGGAUUCUGACUUUCGGUGGGAGGCGCGUAAACUGGUUGUUUGUUCCCCUCUCUCCCUUUUUUGUUUUGUUUUUUUGUUGGUGUAUUGCGUAUAUCUGACUGGCCAAAGUGGUGAACCGGUCAGCCGACAUGUAUUAUAAUGCAUCUUUUCAGUAGCCAAGUAUCCAUUCUCCUUCCGCCCAUCAACCUGUCACAGUAUUUGUGAAGAGUUUAUGAGCCAUAGGCCCCUGCCAUGUUAAUAAAUAUUUUAAAAGAAAACGAAUGAGCAUGGAGACCAUUAAAAAAAAAAAAGACGAAUGAGGGAGAAACGACAAAAAUAAUAUUAAUUUACGGAACGUUUUUUUGGAACAUUGCAAUGUUCUUGUAUUGGAUUAUAGUAUCUAGUAUUCAAAAAACAAAAAAAUGCCUGCAUCUCUUAUUUAUUGUAAGUUUUUAAAUGUAUAAAUUGUCUUAUAUUUCUUAACCUCUUUUAUAAAAAAAAAAAAAUUUCCUAGAAGGUUUAUACUGCCUUCUUGCUUUAAAGCAAUUGGUCUAAAAUUAUAUCUGUAAUCGUCUUAAUUGAAAACUUGCGGUAGAUUGCUUUUAGAGUGUUAUUUUUUUGUAAGCGGGUGGGGAGGGACGGGGGACCGCAAAAAAAUUUGUAUUUGGUCUUGAUGUACAGUUUAAUGGGGACUAUAGGAAGGUGGGGCGGGAUAGAAAUGUCCAUACCUUUGCGUGUGGGAGAUUUACAGCUAAGCUGUAGUUGCAGAUUAUACGUGUACAGUAAUGAAGUUCCACUGUGUUUAUAUAAAAUUGAAGAAAAAAAAAUAAAGGUACCAAGUCUUACAGCAAUUUUAUAUCACACAUUUGCAGAGUUAACAUAAUGGCAAUAUAUUAAAAUAAAAAAAGUGAUAUUGUUAGGUGGUUUAACUUGUAGUGAGAAUUUAAAAAAAGAUGAUAAUAAUAAAUUGUUUUAUUUUAUUUUAUUUUAUUUUAUUGGUAUUUCUGUUGAGGGCCGAGACUAAAAACUUUGGCAGAUUCCCUUCCCUGUUUCUUGAAGGAAGGAGGAUGUGCUUUUUUGACUACAAGGGCCUCUGAUGUUUUUUCCCCUGUGUGCAUUUUAAGCCAAGACAGAAUCUGUGUCAUCUGAUGAAAUUGCGACACUUUUUUUCUAAAAACGAAAGAAAUCCUUGCCCUCAAUAAACUGUGUCACUUUCAUUUUCAA